AAAUACAUAACUGGAAAUUCCUUUAUCAAUAAUCUUGCUCUAGUAAAAUACUACAGCACUUCCUUCCUUCCAUCAUUCUAAUCCAAAUGAAGCUAUGCAUUGUCUAGUGAGAGAGAGAGAGAGAGAGAGAGAGAGAGAGAGAGAGAGAGGGAUUUGCAGCACAAGAGCCAACUCAAUUUGUAUUUGUAUCCGUACCAAAAUAUAUAUUAUUUAAAUGCACAAAAACGUGUGCGCCUACAUAUAUAUAUAGAUACAAAAUGAAGCGAUAAAGUAGCGCCGUGGCUGAGAUUUAUCAGAGUUGGCAACUUGCAAUGGCCAUCCCUCUCCUCCUCCUCCUCAUCUUCUUCUCAGAUUCAUUGAUGAAGAGCGAGAGCUUAGGAGUAGGGAUCAACUACGGCCAGAUUGCAAACAACCUGCCGUCGGCGUCGCGCGUGGUGCACCUCCUCGGAUCCGUGAACAUCACGCGCGUGAAGCUCUACGACGCCGAUCCGGUCGUCCUCUCCGCCUUCGCCAACUCCGGCGUCGAAUUCGUGAUCGGAUUAGGCAACGAGAACCUCCAGAGCAUGACCGAUCCCGUCCAAGCCCAAUCCUGGAUCCAGCAGCACGUCCAGCCCUACAUCUCCCAGACCAGAAUCACCUGCAUCACCGUCGGCAACGAGGUCCUCAUGGGCAACGACACGCGCCUCAAAUCCUACCUCCUCCCCGCAAUGCAGACCGUCGCCGCCGCCCUCCGCUCCCUCGGCCUCACCAAGGACAUCUACGUCACCACCGCCCACUCCUUCAACAUCCUCAGCACCUCCUUCCCCCCCUCCGCCGGCGCCUUCCGCCCCGAUCUCGCCGAGUAUAUGCAGGGGAUCCUCGCCUUCCACAAGCAGACCAAUUCCCCCUUUCUCAUCAAUGUCUACCCCUUCUUCGCCUACAAGGACAGCAACGGCCAGGUGCCGCUCGAUUACGUCCUCUUCCAGCCUAAUUCCGGCAUGAUCGAUCCCUCCACCAACCUCCACUACGAUAACAUGCUCUACGCGCAGAUCGACGCUGUUUACUCGGCGAUGAAAGCCCUAGGCCACACCGACAUCCCGGUCAAGGUCUCCGAAACCGGGUGGCCUUCCAAGGGCGAUCCCGAUGAGGUCGGGGCCACGCCGGAGAAUGCCAGAUUGUAUAACGGGAAUCUGCUGAGUAGGAUUGAGCAGAGGCAGGGGACUCCGGCGAAGCCUCAGGUGCCGAUUGAUAUCUUCUUCUUCGCGCUUUUUAAUGAGAAUAUGAAGCCUGGGCCGGUUUCUGAGAGGAACUACGGCUUGUAUUAUCCUGAUGGCUCGCCUGUCUACAACAUUGGGCUGCAGGGGAUUCUUCCGCGCAUAAAUUACUCUGCUUCUGCCAAAAAUGUUGUCAUGUUGUUCACCCCUAUUCUUCCUAUAUUCUUAUUGAUAUGUUUAUGGUAGCGGAAGAGGUAGAGGUAGAGGUAGAAGGAGGAGCUUGCAGACAACAUUUUUCUCAAGAUUAGACCAUUUCUUUUGGUGGGAAAACGUUCGAGGUAAGGACUGUUCAGUGUUCAUUCAUGUUAAUUGUUCAAUUUCCAUAUUGCUCAAAAAGUGAGAUUUAGAGGGUGUCGUGUUAAACUUAUUUUAAAGAGCUUAUAAGCUUCAAUAAAUUACAAGAUGAAGUUUUCAAGAGCUUACAAGUUGUUAAAAUAUUUAGAUAAUUUAGCAUUUAGCAUAUAAGUUAGCGAGUAUAUGUAUAACUGUUUAAAAAAUUAUUGAGCCAAGUAAUUUGCAAGAGAUUAUAAACCCCUAAUAAUUUAUAAAUCAUUUGAAAAACCUUAAGGUGGUUUGCACUGUUUAGGAGUCCAACCUCUGCCACUUGAUGUUUUUAGAGUUAUCCAAUUUGGCUUCCAUCAAAGUCCAAGUAGUAGAAAAGUUUGAAAAGUAAUACUACUAAUUUGAUGAAUCCAUUAUUUAGUAUUCUAUUUCCCCUUUUGUCUCUUACUAGGCGCCUACAUACAAAAACGGUUUUACACAUCCUUUGCAUCGUCACCUUUCCAAUAUCUUUCUUCAAUUUUCAAACGCGGCGGUAUGCCGACCAACUUCGCAUGAAGCUGUUCGCUUCCAAGCCAAAAAAACGUGUCUUGGCGGCUAUGAAAUUAUGGGAUAAUAUAAAAAAAUAAAACAUUCUGCCUAGCUACACUUCUAUUUGACAAUACAACAAAAAACGGCGCCGUUUCAACGCUAUCGCCGUCAUCGCUCCUUGAUCUUUACCGGCAGCUUUGUUGACUACGGCUUAAUGUGCGUGAAAACCGUGAUUUUUUUUGGUAGGCUGUCCACUUUGAUCGUUGAAACAUAACUAAUUUUGCCCAAAAUAGUGAUUUGUGUUACGUGUCUUUUUUUUUUUCCCCCUAAAUACUACAAGAUUUGGUGCAUGUCGAUUAUUGACAGGUCAGGAAUGAUCUUUUUAUGUAGGUGAUGUUGCAAAGGUGGAAGAGAUUGGGCAGAGAGCAUUGGUGUAGUGGAAAGUAGGACUUUUUAGAGAGGGAUAUACAUACUUUUAGAUCGAAUAGGAAAUUCAUCCACAUAUAUAAACACACAAUAAAUAGCAUACUUGUCAUUUUGAUAGACACAAUAGAAGUUGCACUUUAAUUUAAUGUAUUCGAUUUCGUGACACUGCCGAUUUCUACUUAUUUAUAUCAGAUUCGUUUCACAAGUUCA